UUCCAGCCGCGCGAUGAAUAUUCUCAGUUCGAAUCUUGACUCCGCCGACCUUGCCUCGUAAUCGCCGUCGCCAAAAACCCGCUUAUUUCUAGAGCGGAUAAGCACCCUCUCCACUUGUUGAUAGACAACAGCCGAUGACAAUUGGCAACCAUCUGAGCCAUUUGACACUUUAGCUGUCUAUCGCCGCUUCUGCAGUUUCCAGAUCUAGAAUUCAUCAAGUGCCCCGUCCAUCGCGUAGUUAGCUGCUGCGAGUGACUAUUCUGCUGCUCGAGGCUGGUGUAAAGCGCGUAAUUAUAGUGAAAGGACAAAGCAGAGCCCAAAGAUGGUGCAAGCCUGGUACAUGGACAAUGACGAGACGACAGACCAACGACUGGAACAUCAUUUGAAUCCGCCGCAACACCUCACGAUGGAAGAAGUCUACAAGAAAACGGGAGUUGAGUAUUUCAAGCUUAAUCCGCGUACCUUUGAAACUGAUGGAAUUUUGGAAAAAAUACGCUCGAAUAGAGGAUAUUCCUAUGAAGAUGAGAUGACAUGUUCCAAAGAGUGCCUUCCGGAUUACGACACAAAAAUCAAACAAUUUUUUGCUGAACAUCUUCAUACUGACGAAGAAAUACGAUUCGUUGUUGAUGGAUCUGGAUACUUUGAUGCUCGAGAUUCUGAUGACAAAUGGAUUAGAAUUCACGUUACUCCUGGCGAUAUGAUUGUGCUUCCCGCUGGCAUAUAUCAUCGCUUUACAUUGGACACAAACAACUACAUCAAAGCGAAACGAUACUUCAUUGGCGAACCAGUUUGGCAACCAUACAAUAGACCUGCGGACGAUAUGGAGUGCAGGAAGGACUAUAUCGAACGUCUCUCCGAGGGAUUUAAAUGAGGAAUGAUAUAAGGCAUCUAAAACUACAUCAACAUUGUGCAUCGAAAAGUGGCUGUAAUUGGAAAUUUUGUUAUAUCGACUAACGUCCUUAAUAUACACAAUUAUGCAUAUCUAAAUUCGCACUAAUAAAGUUCGGACGCUUAUUAUUUUAGGACAAGGA